AUGUCAAGCUUAGAAAGCUACACUAUUCUAGGUCCAUUAGGUAGAGGAACAUUUGGACAAGUCAAGCGUAAUCUCUAAACAGUUGCCGAGCAUAUAUUGACAAACGUGAAAGUAGCUAUCAAAGUCUUAAAGCGCCGGGUUUUAGUAGAAAAACACAUGAUUUCUAAGGUAAAACGAGAAAUCCGAGUCCUCAAAUCUUUUCAUCAUCCCCACAUAAUCCGGCUUUAUGAUGUAAUUACGACCCCAACUUGUAUUUUUCUUGUAAUGGAAUGCCUACCAGGCGGAGAACUCUAUAACUUGUUAGACAGAAAUGGAAGACUCCCUGAGGACCAAGCCAGGCUGUAUUUCCAACAAAUCAUAUCUGGGCUUGAUUAUUGCCAUACUUAUAGAGUUGUCCAUAGAGAUAUAAAACCUGAAAAUAUUUUAUUAGACCAGUUUGGGAAUAUAAAAAUUGCUGAUUUUGGACUUUCGAAUUUGAUGCCGGAUGGGGAUUAUUUAAAGACAUCUUGUGGAUCUCCAAAUUAUGCGGCCCCAGAAAUUAUACUAUUUAUGUAUAUUUCUUAUUAAAAAUUUUCUUUAUGGAUAAUUUUAAAAUUUAAUUUAUAAAGUAUAUUUCAGGAAACAGAUAUUGUGGCCCAGAAGUUGAUAUACCUUUUAAUAAUAAAUAAAAACUUUGGACUGUUUAUCCGUUUUCCUAUUAUGAAUAUAUAGAAAAAAAUGGUAGCCAGGACCUAGUUUUUAUUUAUUAUAAAAUUAUAUAUAUGAAGUGCUGGGGUCGUUUUAUUUGCGCUGCUAGCAGGACAUCUACCAUUUGACGACAGCAGUAUUCCUUCUUUAUUCGCAAAAAUCAAGGCUGCUAGUUUUAAUAUGCCUUAUCAUUUUUCAGACGCAGUAAAAGAUUUAAUCAUAAGGAUGCUCAAGCCUGAUCCAAUAGCAAGAAUUACUAUAAAUCAGAUAAAGAAGCACCCAUGAUUUCAAAUGAAUUAUAAUCCUAGCCUACUGGAAAUGAAUAGAAUUACCUCAAAAAGCUAUAGAUUAAUUGAUGAAGAAAUUUUAAUGAGAUGCAUGGAAUUUCCAUUAGCAAAAGACUAUACAAUUGAAGAAUUUAGAGAUAAAAUAAUAAACAGAAAAAAUGAUAGCUUGGUUGUAUGCUAUGAACUGCUAUUAGACAAAAAAUUAAAUGACAUGAGGAUAAGAAAUGGCGACCCUGUAAACAGUGUCAAUUUACUUUUUAAGCAGAAAAAAAAUCUAUCAAACCUUGAAAUUUCGACACAAGGCUCGUCUUUGACUGGAGAAAAUAUCGAUUUUUAUAUUGAUAAAGAUGGACCUCCUGAUAAUUGGGUUUAUGGAUUUCGCACAGAUUUAGAGGCUUAUCCCUUUAUGAUGACACUAUUUGCGGCUUUAAAAGAUGCAAAUCUUGAGUGGAAAUUUAUUACAAAUUUCAAAAUGAGGGUCAGGAAUAUUAGUGGGGCAUAUACGCUGAAAAUGCAAAUAGAUGUUUAUAAGUAUCAAAAGUCAUUUGUGGUGGAUAUAAAACUACUUGAAGGGACAGUGAUGGUUUUUUUGGAGACGCUUCAUCGAUUAUAUACAAUCUUAUACGAUCGGACUUAUUCAUAA